AUGGCAGAUUCAAGCGCCUCUACUCAGCACAUGGUGGAUUACCGCUUGAAGAUCUACGUCGGUGGUCUUCUCGUAACCCGCGCCCAGCUUCGCGUCUAUUGCACCUCUUAUCGCAUACCCCCGGAGGUGUUCGAUGAGAGCUUGCUCAAGUGUACCAACGAUCUCCUGGAGUCUAAGGAAGGCGGUCAGUACUAUGCUGUACCGUUUGGGGAGACGAAGUACAACGGACAGGUCGUUCAGAUCUACAUGCUUACCUGCGGGGCCACCGUGGCCUUCGAAGAGUCUGAAGAGAGACAGGCUCUGAAGGACCUUGAGUUAGGCGAUGGAGCACGCGAUGAAAUGUGGGAAGAAUUGUUCCCUUCCGAGAUCGUCAACGUCAACGAAGAGCAUUUUGACUACAACGAGUUCCCGAAGCGAUACGUGCGAAUCCAAUGGCCCUACGGCCCGGCUAUGCCUCUUCCGUAUAUAUGGGACUACGCGGUGACCUUAGAGUGCAAGGUCCACUGGGUGAAGAGAGCCCUGGGGAGGAAAAACCACCACCACCGAGCCACGUGA